GAGAUGUUUGACUCUGAAUAUGAUGGCAAAGCAGAUGGGGAUCACUUUGAUUCCCUGAAAGCAGAGUUGAGUCAGCAAGCUCAGUUAAAUCGCAGUGAAUUUGAAGGACUUGAUGAAGAAAUUAGAGUGCAGUACGAAGGUUUUAGAGCUGGCAUGUAUGUACGUUUAGAGUUCACAAAAUUCCCAUGUGAAUUUAUCACCAACUUUGAUAGCAGCUAUCCUGUGAUUGUAGGAGGAUUGUUGGACAAUGAAAGCAACAUGGGAUUUGUGAGAGUACGCAUCAAGGUUCAUCGCUGGUAUCCCAGAAUUCUUAAAAAUAAGGAUCCCUUAAUACUUUCUCUUGGAUGGAGACGGUUCCAGUCCCUUAUGUACUAUGCUAAGAGGGAGGACAAUUUUGUUAUGCGUUCUCUGAAGUAUGCAAGGAAGUAUCUCCAUGUUGAAGCCAUGUUCUGGGGUCCUGUAACUACAAUUGGUACAGGAUUUGUUGCUUUACAAAAUAUUACUGAGCGAGUGUCUGAAUUUCGUAUUGCUGCUAAUGGAGUCGUACUGGAGACUGAUCAGAGCUGUAAGAUAGUAAAGAAGUUAAGGCUUUUAGGAACACCUGAGAAAAUUGUUCAGAAAACUGCAUUUGUUAAGGAUAUGUUUCACACUGAAACUGAAAUAGCCAAGUUUGUGGGUGCAAAAGUGCAAACCCAGUCGGGGAUUCGUGGAAUCCUCAAGAAGGCUCAUGGACGUAAAGGAUUGUUUAGAGCAACUUUUGAAGAUAUUAUUAAAAUGAGUGACGUAAUUGUUUUGAAGACUUGGGUUCCUCUGUUAUUGACACAGUAUUGCUCAACAAUGCGGACGCUUCUUCUUUCUCCAAAGGAAAAAGCAGAAUGGCAAGGAAUGAGGACAGUUGCACAAAUUAAAAAGGCAAAGGGUAUCAAGAAUGAGGUUAAUCCAGACCAUCUAUACACACCCAUCACUCAGCGCAGGGAGUAUGUUCCACUUCCUCUUAAGGUUCCAAAAGCAUUACAAAAGGAUUUGCCAUACAAUAUGAAGCCUAAAGUUACGCCAAAAUUGAAAAAGGUUGAGCGUGUUGUUGUAGUGAAAGAUCCACAUGAAAUGGAGAUGGAUGACUUCAUGAAGAGGUUGAAGGUAAUGAUGGAGGACAAAAUACAGAAAGAGAGGAAAGAGAUGUUAGUUCGUAAAGAGAAGUUCAUAAAAGAAAAUGCAGAAAAGGAACUUCGGCGUAAAAUGCGAGAAUCACGUAAGAAGAAAGCAGCAUGUCGAAUUUUGGGCAAGACUGCAGGGAAGAAAAGCAUUGUGUAGAUAAAUAAAAUAUUUUGUGACAAAGAAAGUUCUGUAUGUUCUUUUUUUCAUUUAGUAGUCCUUCAAAGGGAAAAUAAAAUGGUAGGAAUUUUGAUAAUACCAAUAUUUUGUAUGCAUAAUCAUGUCUGAAAAGAAGAGCUUGCAUAAGUAUUUAUGAUUUUCAUUGGAAAUUAAAGGUUUUAGAAAUAUA